GCCUUGUGAUGUUGAAGAUUGGCUUCCCAGCGUAGAGUCAGCUUUGUUUGCAAACGUGCCGGGCCUGGUUUGGUCUGAGUCGGAUGGUGAUAGGCCGGAGCUGGAGCAGGAGCUCAUGCCAGCAGUGGAAGAUGGCUUAGGCCCUGGCUCCUUCGAAGAUGGUGCCGAGCUGGCCAGGACGUCCAUCCCAGAGACAGCCACCACCGUGCUUCUGGGCGAGUGCACGCAUGGAACGGAGGAGUUUUACCAGAUCCGGGCUGAGAUUACCAAGUAUUUGAUGCAAACCAGGGGAUUCAACAUCAUCUUGUGCGAAAGUGAUUGGACUUUCAUGUGGCACGUGAACCAGUACGUGCACCGGAAGAAGAGCAAUAUGUUUCCAGACGCCACUCGCUUUCCAGAUUGGAUGUGGAAAAACCGCCCUUUCUACGAGCUGGUGGAGUGGAUGCGUAAACGCGCGUCCUCGGAUGGACCCUAUGUCUUCGGGAUGGACUGCUACUGCAAAGAGGAGGCCAAAGACGAGGUUCUCAACUUCUUCGAUUUCUAUGAUCGGGAGAACCUUGGGAAGGUCUUUGCCUUACUGUGGGAUGGAAACACCGAGAAUGCCCAGGAAGCUGCUUUGUCGCUUCAGUGCAUGUUCCCUACGCUUCGAACGGCAUUCUGGGGUGACCGCACCAUCCACUUUCGGCUUGGUUUGCAGACAAAGGGGUCAGACCAUGUCUUCUACCACAGGCGCGCAGGUGGGCCAGCGCGGCCCGCGCUGCGAGGCUUCGGAGCUCCGGCACGGCGGCCCGGCGUCCGCUGCCAGGCGCAAUGGGAGGGCGGUGACGCGAAUGUCACGGAGGUCGCAGACCUCGCGGAGGCUCACACGCCGGCAAAGGCUGAAGAGCCAUGGACACUGCAGCAGCUCAUCUCGAUCGUGAGUGGCUUCAUUGGCUCCAUCUUGUCCCUGAACGCAUACUCACAGCUUCGAGAGGCCAGCAAGCAGCGAGAGGCAAUUGCGCGUGUGAGCACAAAGCCGAAGGCAUCUUCAAGCAGCUUGGGCAGCUACAAGAACGCUCGGAUUGUGCAGCAGUUGGGAGGCUCUCUGCUGGAUGCGGAAGCAGAGUCUCCCCUUUUCUCCUUAGGGCCGGUUCCAGCUUGCACAGCAGCUUCGAACUUGGAUAGCCCGGGCCGCCACUUCACGAUCAUCACGACUGCAGCACUCCCGUGGCGCACGGGCACUGCCGUGAAUCCGCUCCUGAGGGCUCUUUACCUGGCCGAGAGGGGAAAGCCUGUGAUCCUGUACCUGCCGUUCUUAGAGGCAGAAGAGGAUCAGGCUUGCGUCUUUGCCAAGGAUGUGCGCUUUGACACCCCUGAGGAGCAGGAGGUGACUGUGCGGGAGUGGUGUGAAGAGCGAGCUAAGGUGGACCUGCGCAAGGUCGAUCUCAAGUUCCGAUGGUACCCUGCUAAGUACGUGAUGUCCUUGGGCAGCAUUUUUCCGACUGGCGACUGCACGAAGAGCGUUCUGGAGACUGACCCCAAGGAUGUCUUAAUUCUUGAGGAGCCAGAACACCUGUGCUGGUUUCACUAUGGCCAGCGCUGGCCAAAUUUGUUCCGGCACGUUAUUGGAAUUGUGCACACGAACUAUUCGGAUUACAUGAACAUCGUCAACUCCUCCAGCAGUUGGGUGGCAGGAAGAAUGCCUGUGGAACUGAAGGAGGCCUCAGUGUUUACAGCCUCGACCAUCGUCUGCAGUGCCUACUGCGACGUGAACAUCAAGCUCUCAGACACCAUCAUGCCUCUCCCGAACGAGGUCACCUGCAACGUCCACGGAGUGAGGUCUGACUUCCUGGCAAUCGGUGACAGGAGCCACGUGCAAAGAGAAGGUGCAGCUCGUGCCUACUACCUGGGCAAGGCACUCUAUCCGAAAGGUUGGCGAGAGCUCUUAGACCUCAUUGUGGCCGCUGGGUCCGAUCUGGCCGGAAUCAAAGUGGAUGGCUAUGGGUCAGGUCCGGAUGGCGAGAGUAUCACACUCGAGGCGGCAUCCCUGCCUGAAAAUGGAGCACUGCUGAAGAUGAACCCGGGUAUCGACCAUGCAGACGAGACGAUUCAUGGGUAUGGUGUCCUGGUCAACCCAUCCACCACCGACGUCUUGUGCACCGUGAGCGUGGAAGCGCUUGCCAUGGGGAAGCACCUUGUACUGGCGCGCCACGUGUCCAACCGGUUCUUCGAGCAGUUCAAGGACAGAUGUCACUUCUUCGAGAUCGGCGAUGCCGACAGCUUUGUGAGGGCCUUCAAGACUGCUUUGGCUGCAGGUGAUCCCACGCCGCUUCCACCGGAGCAGCGGCGCAUCCUCACUUGGGAUGCAGCUAUAGAUCGCCUUUUCGAAUCCGCCGAG